AUGAAUGGUAACAAUGAGGAUUUGUCGAAAAGCAUUAAAUCUUUGCAAGACAAGUGGCGAUUGGUGCCUGCAUUUUUACAAGUACGCGGUCUUGUUAAACAACACAUCGCCAGUUUUGACUAUUUCGUUAAUGAAGAUAUUAAGAAGAUUAUGCGAGCAAAUCAACGUGUUUUGUGCGAUUCGAAUCCAUCGUUUUAUCUCAAAUAUGUUGAUAUUCGGGUGGGAAUGCCAUCAAGCGAAGAAGGUUUCAAUGACAUCAAUAGUAAAAUCACCCCACACGAAUGUCGCCUUCGUAACAUGACUUAUUCAGCUCCGAUCAUGGUUGAUGUUGAAUAUUCUCGUGGUAAUCAACGUGUUUUGCGAACGGGUUUAGUCAUCGGAAAGAUGCCAAUUAUGCUUCGUUCAAGUCGUUGCAUUCUUAGAAAUAAAACAGAAGCACAGCUUGCCAAAGUGCAGGAAUGUCCGCAUGACCCAGGUGGUUAUUUUAUUAUUCGAGGUUCGGAAAAGGUAGUAUUGAUUCAAGAACAACUUUCAAAAAAUCGUAUAAUGAUUAAUAGGAAUAGUAAAAAAGAAUUGCAGUGCGAGGUGCUCAGUUCAACAGCAGAUCGGAAAAGUAAAACAUAUGUUAUUUCCAAGAAACAACGAUAUUAUUUGCGGCAUAAUCAUCUCACAGAAGACAUUCCUGUUGCUAUCAUAUUCAAGGCAAUGGGUUUUGAAUCGGACAAAGAUAUUGUUUCUGCAGUUGGGAUCGAAGAAGAAAUUAUUUCUGCUUUCGCUCCAUCACUUGAAGAAUAUGUCAAUUGUCAAGUAUGCAACCAAGAAACCGCUCUUAAAUAUAUUACAUCAAGGAUAAAAGUUCGAAAAUUUGGAUCUAGUGCUGGACUUCCCAUUCAGGAUCUCGAAACUAUCGAUUUCCUUUCGAAUCUAAUGAUCUGUCAUGUUCCCAGUAAGGCUGGUGAUAUGAAAAUGAAAGCGAUUUAUCUUGGAUUAAUGGUCAGAAGAUUAAUUCAAGCAGAGAUGGGACAUAUUGAAUGUGAUGAUCGUGAUUUCUAUGGUAAUAAACGUCUUGAGCUUGCUGGUUCUCUAAUGGCACUACUUUUUGAAGAUGUUUUCAAAAGAUUCAACACUGAACUCAAAAGAAUAGCUGAUAGUAAUCUGGGAAAGACUAGAGCUGCGCCAAUGGAUAUCGUUAAAAAUAUGCGACAAGACUUGAUCACCAAUGCACUUGUUGAUGCUCUUGCUACUGGAAAUUGGAUAAUAAAACGUUUUAAAAUGGAACGGCAUGGUGUGACUCAGAUUUUGUCGCGUUUAUCUUAUAUAUCAGUACUUGGUAUGAUGACUCGUAUCAAUUCCACUUUCGAAAAGACUCGAAAGGUAUCGGGUCCACGUUCGCUUCAACCAUCCCAGUGGGGAAUGCUUUGUCCUUCAGACACACCAGAAGGAGAAUCGUGUGGUCUAGUCAAAAAUUUAGCUCUUAUAAGUCAUAUUACUACCGACAGUGAUGAAAAACCAGUUUUGCGCUUAUUAUUCAGUGCUGGAGUUGAAAAUAUUCAAUUAUUGCCUUUCGGUGAAAUACAUAAAAGAGAGAAUUAUACUGUUUUUUUGAAUGGCGUUAUUGUGGGAAUGACAAAGAAGCCACAACAUAUCGUUGACACUAUUCGUAGUGUUCGUCGAAGAGGCAUAUUAAAUGAAUUCGUUUCCGUUUCGACAAAUUCUCUGCUACGCUCAGUUCAUAUUGCAAGUGAUGGUGGUCGCCUUUGUCGCCCUUAUAUCAUUGUCACCCAUAGUCAGCCUCAUGUUACUCAGGAGCACAUUAAUCAGUUAAAACGACACCAUCGGAUAUUCGAAGAUUUCAUUGAUGAUGGCUUAAUUGAAUAUUUGGAUGUGAAUGAAAUGAACGAUGCAUCGAUUGCUGUUUAUGAAGAAGAUAUUAAACCUUAUACAACUCAUUUAGAGAUUGAACCAUUCACAUUAUUGGGUGUCUGUGCUGGUUUAAUACCUUACCCUCAUCACAAUCAAAGUCCACGAAAUACUUACCAAUGUGCUAUGGGCAAGCAAGCAAUGGGUUCAAUCGGUUACAACCAACAAAAGCGAAUUGAAUCACUCAUGUAUUUACUAGUUUAUCCGCAACGACCGCUUGUGAAGACUAAGACCAUUGAAUUUUGUAACUUAGAAAAACUCCCAGCAGGACAAAAUGCAAUUAUAGCUGUAAUGUCCUACAGUGGUUAUGAUAUUGAGGAUGCCCUCGUAUUAAAUAAAGCUUCGCUUGAUAGAGGCUUUCGUUUUAAAAUUGAUCUAAAAAUUCGUCUUAUAAGAUGGUCAAAAAAACUUUACUUUCUUUACUUUCAUCUUUGUUUUAAUUCUUAUUCGUUGAAAAUUGUUUAUUCAGGCUAUGGUCGAUGUUUGGUCUAUAGAAAUGCAGUAGCUACCGCCAGAAAAUAUCCCAAUCAAACAUUUGAUCGCCUAAUGGGCCCUACAUUAGAUGCUACAACUCGACAGCCUAUCUUUAAACACAGAGUCCUUGAUCAAGAAGGAAUUGUCUAUGUUGGUGCACGCAUUAUGCCUAAGCAGGUUAUGAUCAAUAAGCAUAUGCCUGUCGUUCAUAACGAGGGUGAAAAUGAGGUAAUAAAUCCUCGAAAUGUUGAAUAUCGAGAUGUUUCCGUAGUUCUUCGCCAGCCAUUACCAUAUUACGCUGAGCGUGUACUUUUAACAUAUAAUGAUGAUGAUGCCCAUUUGAUCAAAGUACUUUUGAGGCAAACUAGAAGACCAGAGUUGGGUGAUAAAUUUAGUAGCCGCCAUGGGCAGAAAGGAGUUUGUGGGCUUAUCGCACAGCAGGAAGAUAUGCCGUUUAAUGAUCUUGGAAUAUGCCCUGAUUUAAUAAUGAAUCCGCAUGGUUAUCCCAGCCGUAUGACUGUAGGUAAAUUGAUGGAGUUGUUAAGCGGAAAAAAUGCAAUUUUGACCGGAAAGUUUCAUUAUGGGACGGCUUUUGGUGGGGAUAAAGUUGCCGACGUUUGUGAAGAAUUAGCAGCUCGAGGAUUCAACUAUUUGGGAAAAGACAUGUUAACAUCAGGCAUAACCGGGCAACCACUUUCUGCAUAUAUUUAUUUUGGUCCAAUUUACUACCAGAAAUUGAAACAUAUGGUGCUAGAUAAAAUGCAUUCAAGAGCCCGUGGUCCUCGAGCUAUUCUUACAAGACAACCAACAGAGGGACGAGCACAUGAUGGAGGUUUGAGGUUAGGUGAAAUGGAAAGAGAUUGUUUAAUUGCUUAUGGUGCAAGUAUGUUGCUGAUAGAGAGAUUGAUGGUCUCCUCGGAUGAAUUUAAGGUCGAUGUUUGUGCAAAAUGCGGUCUGAUUGGUUCAAAAGCAUGGUGUCAGAUGUGUCGUUCUUCUCGAAACCUUGCAACCAUCAAGAUUCCUUAUGCUUGUAAAUUAUUGUUCCAGGAAUUGCAGUCAAUGAAUAUCAUUCCGAAAAUUAAUCUAAAAAAAUACAUUCAAUGA